AAAACCACAAGACUGGGAUCCUCAAACAAAUUCUUCCUUGAUCGUAACCUAUAUGUUUUUGACGUAUUUUUGACAAUUUGUUGGCAACUUGUUGAAGUUUUUCGUCGAUUCUAGAAAUUUCAAGAAUAAUCGUUAUUGGCCUACCCAGCUUUAAAUUAUAUGUAUAUUUUAGCUGGCAGAGGUGUCUAAUUCGCAAUUUAAUGUUCAGGAGCUCAAUAAUAAUAAUUGGUUUUGUAUCAUUGUGGAAAAGUAGGAAAAAACAUUGGGGAAAAAUGAGUCAUACAUAACCCCAAAUUUGAUUUGUGUGGCGCCUAAAACCCAAAAACGUCAUGAAGACUGUUGUAAAUAUAAUUUUUGUGUGCUGCUGUAUUUCUUUGGUAAAAAGUAUAGCGAACACGUUACAUCUGAUGGAUGGCACAUCUACAGCAGAAAUAAUACAUGGAGACGUUUUUUUCGAGAUAGUAGAACCUGAAGAGCUUGAAUACACUUAUAGGUUGCGACCAGCCAAAGAUUUCGGUGCACCAUUUAAUGCAUCCUUCCAUGUGAAAAAUGUACCUCUAGUGCCUAUAUUACCUAAAUUUGGCUGCAAACCUCCUGAUAAUGGUGAAGAAAUUGAAGGGAAUGUUGCAUUUGUUCAGAGAGGGUAUGUUAAAACUUAGAUACUGGUAGCGAUCAUCUGAAACAUCUGAUAUAAACAAGUAGGAACUGGCCUCAACUUAG